AUGAGCAAAGACCCGAAAGCGGAUUGCGUGUGCCUCAAAGCUUCGUUUAGGGUUUUCGCAAAUUUGGCGGGCCGCCUACUUAGAGAACUACUGGACGUCGCCUACAAAAUGUGCUUCUUUUGUCGACGCGGAUGCGCCCGCGGCAACCGCCGAAUCGAUCAAGACGACGACGUCGCUUCCGCCAUCGGAUCGAUCGGGGGCUCGACCGUCGACGAGGGUUUCUACAAAGAAGUGACGCGCGAGACGGCGGAAAAAAUGCUGGAAAACACUCAGAACGGGACUUUCAUCAUGAGACCGUCGCGGUGCGGCGAACUGGCAACGUUGUCGGUCGUGCAGGACACCAAGGUGUUCCACUUGGGGGUGAGGAGGAGACGCGCGGACGGCCUCGUCGCCCUCGGCACCGAGAAAUUCAACGAAAAGUGCUUUAAAAAUGUAAACGGUAUGAUUAACUACUACGUAAGCAACUAUUUAGUCUUGUACUCCGACGGGAAGAAAACCCUGACCCUCCUACUGCCCUACAGAGAUAACGGACGGCGGCGCGGCGCGGAGUUUUAA